CAAAGAGUCAAGACUUAUAUGAUGGCUUCAUCAUCUCUUUCAAAUUUGUUUCUUCAAAUUUCAAUUCUACUUCUCAUUAUCACUCUCAUGCCCUGCAAGACAUCUUCUUCAAAUCAAACACCACUCGUCUUCUCUCUCAAAACCCAACAUCUUCCUCAAUCUUCUUCAGACAAACUUUCUUUCAGACAUAAUGUCACUCUCACUGUCUCUCUCUCCGUCGGCUCUCCACCACAAAACAUCUCGAUGGUUCUUGACACCGGAAGCGAGCUCUCAUGGCUUCACUGCAAGAAAUCUCCCAACUUAGGAUCCGUUUUUAACCCGGUUUCGUCUUCUUCCUACUCCCCUUUACCUUGUUCCUCGCCAAUUUGCAGGACCCGGACCCGGGAUUUGCCAAUACCCGCCUCAUGCGAUCCGAAGACCCGUCUUUGCCACGUGGCAGUCUCCUACGCCGACGCUACCUCGAUCGAAGGCAACUUAGCUCACGAGACGUUCGUAAUCGGGUCGAAGACCCGACCCGGGACAAUAUUCGGUUGCAUGGACUCAGGUUUAAGCUCCGAUUCGGAGGAGGACGCUAAAUCGACCGGUUUAAUGGGCAUGAACCGAGGGUCUUUAUCGUUCGUUAACCAAUUGGGUUUCUCAAAAUUCUCUUAUUGCAUCUCCGGUUCAGAUUCCUCCGGUAUUUUGCUUCUCGGGAACGCGAGUUUCUCGUGGCUCGGUCCCAUCCAAUACACGCCUUUGGUACUCCAAACGACGCCGUUACCGUAUUUCGACAGAGUAGCUUACACGGUCCAAUUAGAAGGAAUACGGGUCGGGUCAAAGUUGCUUUCUUUACCCAAAUCAGUUUUCGUACCGGACCAUACCGGGGCAGGUCAGACGAUGGUGGAUUCAGGUACACAAUUUACGUUCCUGAUGGGGCCGGUUUACACCGCCUUGAAAACCGAGUUUAUUGCGCAAACCAAAUCGGUUCUCAAAGUUGUAGACGAUCCAAAUUUUGUGUUCCAAGGGACCAUGGACCUCUGUUACCGGAUUGGGUCGUUGACCCGGCCCAUUUUAUCGGGUUUGCCUGUUGUUAGCUUAAUGUUUCGUGGCGCGGAGAUGAGCGUGUCGGGUCAAAAGCUGCUGUAUCGGGUAAACGGAGCCGGGUCAGGAAAAGAUCAGGUGUACUGCUUCACAUUUGGGAACUCCGAUCUUCUGGGAAUUGAAGCAUUUGUGAUUGGUCAUCAUCAUCAGCAGAACGUGUGGAUGGAGUUUGAUUUGGCUAAAUCAAGGGUUGGAUUUGGUGCUGACGUCAGGUGUGAUCAAGCCAGUCAACGGCUCAGAUCACGAGAUUGAUAACCUGUGGUAAAACUGUAAAAGGGAAUAUCUUCUAGACCACAUACAUGCUCGUAGAGUUUUAUUUUUUAUUGUUGUUGGGGAAAUUAGUACGAACCUCUAAUAUAGGAAAUCUUAAUUUUCUUUUACUAGUUUUAAAGAAAAAUUUUUAUAGUAAUUCCACUUCAAAGAUGAAAACAUAUAUAUAAAUACCCAAAUAUUGUUUAGACGA